UGUUCCCACAAUUAGUGAAAGCCCUGAAAUACCCUCAAAAAGACACCGACACAAGCACGUACACAAAGAUGCUCAUAUCUGCCUCCAUAUCUGCCUCGUUACUGCUGUAAUAAGACUCCAGAUAAGACCCUCCACCAAGCACGGGCUGCAGUCAGACUGGGCUGUGACUCACAGCUCCGAAGCCCCGCCCACACGGGGUACAUAAGCCGGUGAUCUGAAGCGGCGCCUCCAGAUCUUUGGCAUCUAUUGUCAGCAAACCUGAACUGAUUCCUGAUGGUGGUACAGGAGAAAAGUCGUAUGGAGGCGAUGGAGGGAAACCAGCAGAGGGUGGAGGUGAACAUCCUGCUGCUCGGAGCUCACAAUGUCGGCAAGUCCGCUCUCACCGUCAGAUUUCUGACCAGGAGAUUCAUCAGCGAGUACGGCGACAUCGAGUCAGUUUACAGCCGAGUUGACAGAAUUGAUGGGCAGGAGAUCUGCUUCAACAUCUGGGACUCUCAGUAUGCACAGCCCGGAGAGAAGAGUUCCUCCGUCAGCGACAAACAGCUGCAGUGGGCUGACGGGAUGAUCCUCGUCUACAACAUGUGUGAUCGCAGCAGCUUCGACGUUGUCCAGCAGCAGCUGCAGCAGAUACGUCGAAGCAGGAAGCCGUCCUCUGUCCCCAUCAUCAUCGUGGCAAACAAACGCGACCUGCAGCGGCACCGCAGCGUCUCUGGCGAGGAGGGACGGUUGCUCGCCCUGUCCCAACAGUGUGGCUUCUUCGAGGUGUCCGCGGCGGAGACGUACCACGGCGUCCUGCUGGUGUUUCACCGCCUGGUCGACCUCGUGAAAGAGACGCGAGCUAUAAGAAAAAGCAUGGCCGGCGUCCGAGGGAUCGUCAGGAGCGUGUCUGCAGUGUUUGCAAAGAAACGGGCGGAGUAGACUCAACAUGCAAAGGUUGUUUUUGCUCAUUCUGAUGAGAUGAAAACGUCAGGGCGAGAAUUUCCUGUCAGAUGCCUCCUGAGUGAAGUCAAAGGUCAGAUACGAGACGGGCUGAGGAGGUUGAGAGAACGAUUCUUUGUUGGAAGGUCGACGGUAAAGCUGGUCAGAGAAAAGUUGUUUCAGAAUAAAGAGGGGCGGCUGGAGCUGAAGACCUUCAGCUCAGCUAGCAGAGAGGCGAUGAAUAUCUCGGCACUUAUCAGACACUGACACGAAGUUUCUUCCUCAGAGGAUGAAUCCUAAUUACACAGGUGGUCCUCUGACUUUUCAUUAGCCGCACAGGCAGGAUGCUCUUCCAUCCGAUGAGCUGACGAACUCUUCCAGCACCGAAGAGCGUGAACCCGACUGACUUCAGUCACGUAACCUCCUCUGAUU